AUGCACCUUCUUAGCCUCAACGUCACCGCUCUCAUCGUCUCCAUCCUCCGCGGAUCUCUCAAAUGCUACGAGCCCGACGACAAGUCACAGUGGCGAUUUUCCCCAUUCCGGGACGAUUCGGUAUGGAAGGCUCAUGGGAAACUCGUCGGCGCGUCCACGCGAUAUCUCCCCGGAUCCUUCGAUCGUCCUCCUCGGGACCCAGCGGAGAAGAUUAGCAGCGGCUAUAAAGCCUGGGAGUAUCUCCUCUACGUCUACGGCCUCCUCCCCGGAUUCCUUCGCAUCAACUUCCCCGACAGAUCCCCUUUCUACCGCCAUUUCUGCAAGCUCGUUCUUCCUGCACGCGCCGCUCUUCAACACUCCAUUCCCCACGACCAGAUCGCCCCCAUGCACCAGCGCUUCUCGGAGUAUGUGCACGAGUACGAGGAGCUGUACUUUGAAGGCCGUAGUGAACGGUUGCAUUUCGUCCGUCCGUGUCUCCACACUCUCUGUCACAUCUUCCAAGAAGUCGAGCGCACGGGCCCGUGCACAGCGUACACUCAGUGGACACUCGAGAACUUCAUCGGCAAUAUCACUCGUGAACUCAAGCAGCACGUCACUCCCUAUGCCAACCUCGCAGAGCGCGCACUCCGACGCUGUCUAAUCAAUGCGCUGAAGGCCUUAUACCCUCAUAUUUUCGACCCUCCUCGUCCUCUCCCUAACACUGCGCUGAAGGUCCUUGACGCUCCCGAGGGAUACAUCCUCUCCCAUCCGAGGGAGCGUAACUCCCGAGCACUCACAUCCGAAUUGGAGCGCGAGGCACUCCGGCAGUAUCUAGUGUCGGUUCAGGAACCUUUGGGGCCAGAUUUCCAUGCCGUCGUUCAGCGCUGGGCUCGGCUUUAUCUUCCGAGUGGACAGAUCGCGCGCACGCUCUGGAAAGAGGGCAAGGCGGAAGCACGUGGGCUACAGCCGCGUCGUGCGCGCAUGCUCGGGUCGACGAUGUAUGCUGAAGUGCAGUUUUUCUUCCAAAUGCGACUAACUGGGCCUCAAGCUGGCGUGGCCACACUCGCCAUGAUCUCCCGGUUCACCGCACCUGACCCAAGGAUCCUUGCAGAAACUCUUGGUGCGGUGCUGGCAUGCACCUACCGUGGUUCAGCCGCGCUAAGUGUCGUUCCGGUACGCUAUAUUAAGUCCGUAGUCGCGAUGGUACCCCUUCCACUUACGAGGAUGGAGGAGGAGUCACGCAUCGACCUUUCCCAGAGAUAUUUUGUGGUUGAGAAGCCAGGUUUGGAGAUUGCAAUGCUCGCUGGCCGUGUAUCCUCGCUUUCUGACUCGGACGAAGAUCUUCCGAUUGAGUAG